AACCGACCCCUUUGAGAUCAAUAGACAACCCUUUAAAAAUCGCAGACAAUGUUUAUCACCGCGAACCGGGAAUUCUGAGUGAAGUGUUUGAAAUCAUAACGUGUUCGAAAAAAGUACAAAGGAUAGCAGUCAGUUGAAGAUGUCGAGUAUCAGGGCCUACCUCAAGGAGGGCAUCAAUGUGGCGACGAUAAUGGGUCUGGGCGAUACGAUAGCCCAGUUGGCCAUCGAGAAGAAGUCGCUGGACGAAUGGGAUGCCGGGCGAACCGUUCGCUUCAGUGCUUUGGGCUUGGUGGUCGUGGGCCCGGUCCUACGGCGAUGGUACCUCUUCCUAGAGUCCCGGGUUCCCAAGAACCAGACCCCGCUGCGCCGCGGUGUCACCAAGAUGCUGCUCGACCAGGGCCUCUUUGCGCCACCCUUCACCCUGCUCAUGUCGUUCCUGGUGCCGCUGGUCAACGGCGAACCCGUCGACAAGAUCCAGAAGCGCAUCGUCGACAGCUAUCCCACCAUUAUGGCCCGCAACUACAUGCUCUGGCCAGCCGCCCAGAUGAUCAACUUCAGCUUCGUGCCGCUGGGCUACCAGGUGAUCUACGCCCAGUGCAUCGCCCUCAUCUGGAACUGCUACCUCUCCAUUGUGCUCAACAACUAGGUCAUUCUCUGUCCGUAUCUGCAUCCAGGUGCGGAUUCAUCCAUCGAAUAAAUUCUCAAUAUAAGCUCUA